GUGAACCCCUCCGCGGUGGCUUGACCUGCAAUGUGCGAGUCAAGAUGACUGACCGGAUAUUAUUGCACUGUGUCCCCUCGGGAGCCUUCUGCUCUGCCGUGGGGAGCUCCGGUACAUUCAGAUCUCCCAAACCUACCGCGGGAAUGCAACCCGAGCCUCCCCUCGCCUGCGGGAGUGGGGGGAAUUCCGCUCAAACCAGGGAAGGCUGCAGGUGUCCCAACAGCUUUGGAAACGCGUUAUGAACCCGCUUACUUUGCAAAACAUUAUCCCGGCCUGCAACCCUCCCUCCUCUACACACGUGAGAAGCCACUGACCGCAGCAGGAACAGGGGCUGGCAUGGCCGAAAGGUGAAACGCUGAUCCCGCUACGUAAGAAUGGAAACGAUUGUGGGGGAGAGAAGACCUCAAAUCUUCCCCAAACGCAAACAACAAAAAAACACACGCCCCCCCAAAUAAUCAAAACAACGCCAGAAAAAAAAACAAACCAAACCAAACCAAAACAAAAAAACCCCACACCAAUCACCCGGGAUACAGCAAGCAUAAACACCCGGCUGCUCAACACCCACAGCAAGCUUCUCUCCCGCCCCCGCCCGUGGUAUCCCACAGCGGCGGGGAGGGCAGGUGGCACCGCCCCGGCGGGCGGAGCGAGGCCCGCCGGGUGGUGCGGAGGAGCCGCGGGGCAACGCGCAGUGGGGCUGCGAGGCGUGCGACGUCACGCUGCGCCGCGCCUGGGAGGCUUCUGUCCCGCCGUGCACAGUCGUUGUCGUCGCCCCUCCAACCUCCCCGCCCGCCCCGUGUUAUUUUUAUUUGGAUUGGUGAUUACGCGCCCUCCCGUUAUUUUUAUGUGGUGGUUAGUGCCGGGCUCCGGGAGUCCCGCUGGGAUGAGGCGCCCCGUCCGGCGUUCCCGGGGCUCUGCCCGCCCCGUGUGCUGUGCCGCGGGUGGACCGUGCUGGCGGUGACUGCGGAGGGCUUUCGGGAGGCAGCGACAGAAAGGCAAACUGCGGGUAGAGAGAGACGGUGGAUUCCUCACAUCUUCUCCAGAGGCCGCCUCCGCCCGCCUCCUCCCGCCGCUGCCUCCCGUCCCCGAGCGCUUCCCGCGAUCCGGCGGCCGGCAGCGGGCGGGGGCUGGGGACUGUGCCUCCCCGAGCUGCGCUUUCUGUCGGCGCUGGAAGAAACGCUGGUGGUCACAAGACGCUGGCUUCUGGAAGCCGUUGCUUUUUUUUUCCGUUUUUUUUUUUUUUUUUUUUCGGUGUGUCCGAUGUGUAUUACCUAAAUGGUUCGAUCCUUUCCCUUAUGGGAAAUGAUUUCCCCCUUCCAUUGUGGUGAACUUUGCCUCGCUUGACUCUUUACGGCUUUUCUCUUGUUGAUGGUCUUUCCUUUGUGGAAGUUUGGCGGGCUGAUUGUAUUUGUUAAUUAGUUGCUAACAGCAUCGUAAUGUGGGCUUGAUGGAUAACCAUGUCAUUAGCACUCACCCCUGCAAUUCACAUUUCCAACAGGGCAGGGGCUACCCCAUGCCGAGACCGUGAUUUGUGGCUGUAGUCUCGUGUGCGUGCCACGCACCCCAAGCCCCUCUCUCCGCUCCCUUACCCAGCAUCUAUCCGCACCAGCGCUGUGCCAAAAGGCAUCGGAUACCAUCAGACACCACCCCCCUUGCCGUGGAUAUGUGGGUGCUUGUGCCCUCCCCCGCCGCUUCCAGGGUCGGGGACAGGACAUCCCGCACAAACCGCUGCCACUGUGACUUUCAACGCGCGGCGCGGACAAGCGUGGGAAGAACCACAGCCGUGAAGCUCCCGCCUCACCCGGCAGCAGCGCCCGUGGCCCUCCCUGCCCGACAGCCCCCGGCGGCGGCGCCCCCAGCGCCGGGGCUGUGGCGGCCGUCGGGGGGGGUCCGCCCGCCCGUCCGCUCCGCCCCAUUCCUACCCGCUCCGCCCCGCGCCUUCCCCGCCGGGGGGCUCGGCCGAGACUGGGAGAUGUAGUCCUGGCUCCCGGGCUCGCCGGCGGCCGGUGGGGCUUCCGCGGGGGACUACGUUUCCCAGGCCCCCCUGCUGCUCGGCCGGGCAGCGGGAAGGGCCGGGCUGUCAAUCACGGCGCGUCGGCGGGGGUAGCGAGCCGGGGAUCCCCCCCGCCCUCCUCCGCGUCCCGCUAAUAAUAAGUGCUCCAGAGCCUUAAAAGCAGGGAGGCAAGUGUCAUGCGGGCGCGCCGUAAGGGGCUGAGCUCCGGCUGAGCGCCCGGGUCCGCUCUGCCGCCGGAGAAAAAUAAAGGGGGGGGAAAGGAAAAAAAAACGAGAAAAAGCCUCGUAGCUGGUUCCCGGGGCGAGAGAAGAGGAGCUCGAAAGGCUGGACAAGCCGGCAGCGAAGUGGCGAUGAGACGCAGGAAGACGGCGGUGGCGGCCGGCUGCUGCCUUGCCUUCCUCCUAGGCACCCUGCUCAACGUCCUCUUCAUCCCCGGCUCCGAGCACCCGCCGCCGCCGCCCCGCGACGGGGUCCCCCCAUCCACGCCCGGCGCCCGCCUCUACCCGCCGGAGGAGGAGGGCGGCGGCGGCGGCCGAGCCGCCCUGGCGCGGCAGAUCCGUGAGCGCUACGAAGAGGUGCUGCGCUACCGGCAGCACCGGGCUGUGGCGGCGGCGGCGGCGGCGGGGCGGCGGCCACUGCGGCCGCGGGAGCGGCGCCUGAUGGACCUGGCGCCGCCGCGCACCUCGGCGGAGCAGCCGGGGCCGCGGGGCCGAGCGCUGGGGCCGCGGGCCGGCGCCUCGGCCGAGCUCUCGCUGGAGCCGCCGCUGCUGGGCUGCCGCGACAUCCGCAAUGUCAGCGGCGUGCAGUACUUGGGCUCGGGGUACACCAAGGCGGUGUACAAGGCGGUCCUCAACCGCACGCUGGCCGUGGCGCUGAAGGCGGUGGAUUUCGGCGGGCACGACAUCGCCCACUGCGUGCGGCAGUUCUCCGCUCUGGGGGACUGCUACCGCCUGGCAGCCUACAAGAUCGUCAAGGAGAUGAUCCUGCUGCAGCGGCUGCGCCACGCCAACGUCCUGCAGCUUUAUGGCUACUGUUACCAAGAUAGCAACGACAUCCCGGACACACUGACAACCAUCACUGAACUAGGCUCACCUUUAGAGAUGAUUCAGCUUUUACAGACUUCCUGGGAAGACAGAUUUCGAAUAUGUCUCAGCUUAGUUCGGCUUCUGCAUUAUUUGGCUCACUCUCCUCUCGGCUCCGUGACGUUACUGGAUUUUCGCCCUCGGCAGUUUGUGAUCGUAGAUGGGGAACUGAAGGUGACGGAUCUGGACGAUGCCAGUAUUGAGGAGAGCUCUUGCACCAGUAACAGCGACUGCUUUAUGGAAUUCCCCGCAAGGAACUUCACCUUACCCUGUUCAGUUGAGGGACGGUGUCAGAAUAUGAAUGAAAAGAGGAAUCUGUACAACGCCUACAGGUUCUUUUUUACAUAUCUUCUUCCACACAGUGCACCAUCCUCACUGAGACCAUUACUGGAUAAGAUAGUCAAUGCAACAGGAGAACUUCAUUGGGGAAUAGAUGAGACGGCUGCUCAGCUAGAGAGAGUUUUGAAUCUCUAUAAGAGUGGACAAUACCUACAGAACACCACCCGAGUGCCGAAAGCUGAGAAGCCCCUGUCAGCAGCUGGGAAGGCAAGAGGAGCUGUGAACAGAGCACAAGAGGCAACUCAGAAAGGCCAGUGAGACUGAACGGCAGCCAAGGGAGUAGAGCCACUGGCCGGGCAGCGCCGAGGUGAUGGGCAAGAACCACACUGACAUGCUCCCCCUGCUUUUUUUCCUUCCCCUUCUCUUCGGAGGCCCAUCAAGUGACUCCUCUUUUGCGCUAAUCUGAGCAAGCAAAAAAAAAAAAAGUUUGCUUAAUUAAAAGCCUGUCUUUUCUUCCUUCUCUAAAGGAGAUGGAGAAAAAUCGCAUGCUCUUCUGCGGGAGGGGGAGGGCUGGGAACGCCUGGUCAGGUCUCACCCCGACAAUCCUGCUCACUGUUCAGAAGUAGGACAGUGAGUCACUUCAUUCAAGUGGAUGCUGUUUAUUCAAUGGGACAUUCUUCCUGUAAAACUCCUAAUAAAGCCAAAACCUCGCCUACGCAGUGGGGAAGGGGAAAGGGUUUUGUGCACAGACUGUUUAUUUACAGGCGCUUUUUGGAAAAAAAGGUGAGAAGAAGAAAGGAGGAAAGGAAAAGGAAAGUAAGGUGCAGAGCUAUAAACACGUAUGGGAGUAAACCCGGGCUGGUACAGUCUAGCCUGUCACCUUUUCCAUCUUAUAUCCUGUUCCUAAGCUGUUAUAAUAAAACUUGCCUGUUAAAAACAAACAGUUUGUGGGAGCUUUGAAAAUGAUUGCUUUGCUCUGGUUAUUUGCAGAGUACAGACGGGUGCCUGAAGCUUUUAUUCCUGAUGAGAACUACAGAUGCUGGCCAUCUUACCAUCAUAAGGGCUGCCUCCUCUCCGUGUUUGAUGUCAGCGAAGCCAUUGAGAUCUGUGACAGCUACUCCCAGUGCAAAGCUUUUGUACUGACUAACCAGACAACUUGGACAG